AUGUCUGGUUUGCCCAACGGCACCAUCCCAGCUGACUUGGAGAAGUCCAUGCUGGAGAUCAUGCACGAUGUCGGUCUCAGCACACUGAGCAAGAACACUCUACGCCGGCGUCUGGAGGCCAAGUACAACAUGGACUUUACGCCGCUCACUGCAGAGGUAGACCGGUUAGUGGGCAAACUGAUGACGACUCCUGAAAUUCAGCGGGAGCUGGCCAAGAUUCAGAAGGAAAAGGAGGACGUCAGCGCCCGCCGCUCGAAGCGUGGGCGCAGCGCCAGCAGCGCCAAGAAGUCCAAUGAGAAGGCAAGUAAGCGUGAUAAGAAGAAGAAGCCGGACGACUACCCCAAAGGCGCCCUCUCUCCGUACAUCAUUUUUGUGAACGAGAAUCGAGAGAAGUUAAAGGCGCAAAACCCUGAUAUGAAGAACACCGAGCUCCUUGCGGAGAUGGGCAACUUGUGGAAGAAGAUUUCUGAGGCAGAGAAGAGCCGCUAUCAGAAGCUCUCAGAUGAGGACAAGCUGCGUUACGAUCGCGAGAUGGCGGCUUAUAUCGCUCGCGGCGGUGCUGUCUUCAAGCGCGGUGGCAAGAAGGCAAAGGCUGUGAAGGAGAAGGAUCCUAAAGCACCGAAGCGUGCACUGACCGCGUACUUCUUCUUUGCCAGCGACUACCGUUCCAAGCACGCCGACGUACCUGCGAAGCAGCAGAUGACCGAGGCCGGCGCGGCGUGGGGCAAGAUGUCUGCCGAUGAGAAGAAGCCGUACGAGGAGCUGGCUGCGAAAGACAAGAAGCGGUACGAGGCGGAGUGCGCAGCUCGCGGCUCAAAGCCCUCACUGCCGAAAACUGCCGACUCUGCGUCGUCGUCUUCGGCAGACUCAAGCAGCAGCGACUCGGACGAGAGCGACUAG